AUGGAAGGAAAUGUAGAACUUCACUUUGUUGGAGUGAUAUUGGUUGGUCCUGAGAUUGUGCAACAAACUGAAGAUAAGAGGUGUGAAAUUGAGCAUCAAGUGGGAGAUAAGGUAUUUUUAAAGGUUUCUCCAUGGAAGAAGAUAAUAAGAUUUGGCCAAAAAGGAAAAGUUAGUCCUCGAUUUAUUAGAUCAUAUGAAGUACUUGAGAGAGUUGGCCCAGUUGCAUAUAAACUAGCUCUUCCACCGGAGUUAGAUAAGAUCCACAAUGUAUUUCAUGUUUCUAUGCUUAGAAGAUAUCAUUCGAAUCCAUCUCACAUUCUUCUCAUUGAAUCCAUUGAGGUCAAUCCCGACCAGACAUAUGAAGAGGGACCUACCCAAAUCUUGGCACAUGAGAUGAAAGAGGUUAGAAACAAGAAAAUUCCAUUAGUAAAAGUCCUUUGGAGGAAUCAUUUUGGAAAAGAAGCUACCUGGGAGCGAGAAGAGGAUAUGCAAACUCAAUAUCCACAUUUGUUGCGAGACUAG